AUGACCUCCUUAUUUGCGGAGCAUGUGAACAUAAUCCCGGACUUCCUGGCGGAGAUCAGCGACGCCAUAAUAGUGGAUGGCAUCGUCUACACAGGCGAUGGCAUGGAGGAGGAUAACACCAUGGACCUGCGAGUGGUAUUGCCAAGGGACUUCAGGGACCCCAAGUUGAGGUUCGACCUGCUGAUAACGGCCAACGGUGUGGUCUUCGACACGGCCAUGUACGAGGUCUUCCCCUCGAUCGAGGACGGAGGCGGGGCUCCCUUUGUCAAGGGACUACAGGUGUUGGACAUGACCGGUGAGGAUUGGGGGGUGCGCGGGUUGAGUUGGUUGCCCUCGGCGUCCCCACGAGCUUUUUGCUUCUCCCUUUGCCAGGAUGUACGCACUGUGGGGCCAAGCAGCUUUGUAGACCUUCUGGCCAUCAUCAAGCCCCUGGCAGCUGUUUACCUUGUCAUCGACGUCGCUUCGCUCCACGCGGAUACGGGCGAGGCGCUGUCCAACCCCUCGAACAACUUCGUGUCCUGCUACAAGGCUAUGGAGUGCUUCCUGCUCUUCAACGCGCAGAAUCCCACAGGGCACUACAACCUCAAGCUGCACAUCAUGUCGGAGUUCGCCGUGGCGCAGCGCCUCCUCUUGCUGGAUCGCUGGGAGUGUGUCGUCAACAAACGCAACGGCCGCCUCGACGUCUCGUCCCGGGCGAACAGGUCACACGUCCGCAACGAGCUCCACGGUGGAAAGCAGCUGUCGCUCUCGACCUUCUCCGUCGCCGAGUGGAGCUUGCCAGAGGCCGAUGCCUUCGAGCUGGACUAUGUCUCCAGCGCGCGACCGCCUGUCGAGGCCCAAGCCCUCACCGAUGGCCUCUGGAAGCAGCUCAUGGUCUGCAUGUACAAGUCCGACUGCAACCCGGAGGACAAGAUGAAGGUCCUGCGGUCCAUCUCCCACAGCCUCUUCAUCACGUCGAAGCACAUGCGGGAGAUGAUGGGCUACUUCGACAAGUCGCAGCAGCGACAGGAGGCGUUCGUGAUGUUCUUCUGCCGAAUCAUCGACAUGCACAACCUGAAGCUGUGCAGCGUGCGCUUCGGUGAGGACGAGGAAGUCAACAACCUCCGCUACCGCCUGGGGCAGGCGGUAUUCUUCCCGUACUUCCAGCCGGAGAAUGCAAAGUUCGAGCUGGAUCUCGGCUUCCAUGACCAUCGGCUGUGUGUCAACAUGCUUGUUGGCCUCGCAGCAAGAGAGAAGUUCGGCAACAUCAGGGACGCGGUGUGGAUCAAGCCCGACGGAAGUCAAGACGAUUUUCCCAUGGGCAUUCCGCGGAGCUGGGAAACGCUGUCACCCACCGAAGGUCGCUUCCGCUGUCGCUACGUGUGCUCAGCCGACGACCGCAACUUCGGCUACCGCAAGACCAUCGCGGCCAAGUACGGAUACAACCCACGGGAUGUGCGGGAGCAGGAGAUGAAUUGGCUCACAGGGCUGAACGAGCCGCCCGAGGAUGUCUUGGACCUCCUCGAGUUUUUAAUCAGCCGCGUUGACAGCAUGCAGGCCGCUUUCAACCUCAUCGACGGUGGCGAGCCGGGAUCCGUCUCGAAUUCGGAGCUUACGCUCCGGGAGCUUGAGCAGGGGCUGAAGUCCAUGGGCUGCCAGAAGUUUGCGGGAUCGGACGAGUCUGCACGGAUAGAGAAGGUCUUCCGCUACCUCGAUCCCGGCGGUGAGGGCACGGUGUCGAUGCAGGAAUGGAUGGUGCUCGAUCAGCUUUGGAAAGAGUUUGACUUGACGAUUCGUGAGUUCGUGCAGUUCCUGCAGUACGCAUUCGGCGAAAACCUGGAGGACGCCUGGGAAGCGCUGGAUGACGACGAGAGUGGCGAGUUGACGGAACAGGAGUUCGACGAGGCUCUGAAGAAGAAAGGCUACUUCGGACCAGUGCGAGUUGUCUUUGCGUUGUUGGACAACACAGAUGAUGGGAACAUCUCCUUCGACGAGCAUCUCGGUUUGAGGGGGCGCCUGUGA